UUGGGGCCUUCUGGGGACUCUGGGGGUGCCACCGAGGUGCCACCGAGGUGCCACCAUGUCCCUGCCCUCGGUGUACGGGGACAAACUGGCCGAGAAGCUGACGCUGCUCAAUGAGCGGGGCCGGGGGGUCCUUGUGCGCGUCUACAACCUCAAAAAGACGUGCUCGGACCCCCGCACGCGGCCGCCCUUCCUCGGGGACAAGGCCAUGGAGGCCUCGGCCAAGUUCAUCCUGAAGAAAUUCCCGCACCUGGACGUGCGGAGCAGCACCCAGCACCUGGGCCCGGUGCACAGGGACAGAGGGGACAUCGUGCGGGCGCUGGCUCCGUUCUACCAAACCUUCCUGGACGUCCUGGAGUUCCGGGACCACGUGUACGAGCUGCUCAACACCAUCGACGCCAGCCAGUGCUUCUUCGACAUCCACAUCAACUACGACUUCACCAAGGCCUACCUGGACCUGGUUGUCACCUACGUGUCCCUGGUGCUGCUGCUGGCGCGCGCCGAGGAGCGGCGCCUGCUGCUGGGGCUCUACCACUGCGCGCACGAGAUGAGCCACGGCGCCAGCGAGCCCGGCUUCGCCCGCCUGGCACAGAUGGUGCUGGAGUACGAGCACCCCCUGAAGAAGCUGCCCGAGGAGUUCGGGCCCCACACCAAGGCCGUGAGCGGCGCGCUGCUGUCCCUGCGGGCCCCGUUCGCGCGGCGCUGCCGGGACGCGGAGCUGUGGCGGCAGGAGCAGCUGCUGAGCCUGCUGGGGGCCGCGGGGGACCUGCUGAGCCCGGCCACCAGCGACAGCAUGGCCUGUGAGUACCUGUCCCUGGAGGUGAUGGAGCGCUGGAUCAUCCUGGGGUUCCUGGUGUGCCCGGGCGCCCUGGGCACCCCCCCGUGCCAGGAGCUGUGGCGCCAGGCCCUGCGCGGGUCCCUCUUUGUCACCCUGGUGCGCGACGAGGCCAUCGCGGUGCACAAGGUCACCGAGGAGCUGCUGGGGGGGCUCAAGGGGUUCGGGAAGCGCGUGGCCGAUGUCAAGGAGUGCCGGGAGCACCAUUUUGGGGGAAUUUUGGGACGCCCCCCGCGCAGCCGCCUGGCGGAGCUGCUGUUCCUGCUGGAGCAGCUGCGGGCUCUGGUGCGGCGGCACCUGCGGCUCCUGCGCCGCUACCACCGGCACUACCUGGCCCGCUUCGACGCCCUCGUGCUCAGCGACGUCAUCCAGAACCUCUCGGUGUGUCCCGAGGAGGAGUCCGUGAUCCUCUCGUCCUUCGUCAGCUCCCUCUCGGCUCUCUCGGCCAAGGAAGUUGAUGACCAGGAGCAGUUUGACUUCACCGCGCUGCGCCUGGACUGGUUCCGGCUCCAGGCCUACACCAGCGUGGCCAAGGCCGCGCUGCCGCUGGCGUCCAACGGGGACGUGGGCCGUGCCAUGAGCCUGGUGGUGUUCCACACGCGCCUGCUGGACCGGCCCGAGGAGCUGCUGGACGAGACCUCGGACCUGUCCCACCUCUGUUUCCACCCGCGGCCCCUGGAGCGGAUGUUCGCGGUGACGCUGGACGAGCCGUCCAUGCUGCGCUUCGCCAUCGCCUUCCCCCUGCUCUGCGCCCACUUCUCGCGCUGCCCGCACCCCAUGUGCCCCGAGGAGUACCCCCAGCUGGAGGCGGCGGCGCUGGGGCUGUGCCACAAGUUCCUGGAGGAGCUGGCGCGGGUGGGCAGCGCCUGCGUCCUGGACGCCUGCGCCGAGCAGCACAACCUCAGCCAGCAGCUGCUGCCCAAGCACUGUGCGGCCACCAUCAGCAGAGCCCGCGUCAAGAAAACCCCGAAGCAGCCGCCCCGCAAGGGGGACCCCCAAAGGGACAAACCGGGGGCAGAGAGCCAGCGGCGGGACCGGACCCUGACCACCAACAUGGACAAGCUGCACCUGACCCUGGCCGAGCUGUCCCUGAGCCUCAACCACGUCCCCAACUUCACCGUCUUUGGGCACACGGUGACACCGGCCGAGUACCUGAGCAGCCACCUGGAGACGCGCCUGACCAGGGCCAUCGUGGCCAUGGCUGGCUACAGCCAGGCCACGCAGGAGGUGGCCCGGCCCUCGGAGGUGCUGGCCGGGCUGGUGGCCUACAUGGGGCUGGUGCAGCGGCUGGGCCAGCUGGUGGCCCUGGACACGGGGCGGCUGCUGCGCGCCGUCCUGCUGCAGCAGAGCCACCCCCGCGACGCCAGCGGGCAGCCCACGCUGACCGCCAUCUACACCGACUGGUACCUGGAGGCGCUGCUGCGCCAGGCCAGCACGGGCGCCGUGCUGCUGUCCCCCGCCCUGCAGGCCUUCACCACGGUGCCCCGCGAGGAGCAGCCCCCCUUCAGCGCCGCCGAGUUCUCCGACAUCUCAGAGAUGCGGGCGCUGGCCGAGCUCAUCGGGCCCUACGGGAUGAGGUUCCUGAGCGAGAACCUGAUGUGGCACGUGGGCUCCCAGGUGACCGAGCUGAAGAAGCUGGUGGCAGAGAACAUGGACACGCUGGUGCAGCUGCGCUGCUGCAAGGCUGAGCAGAGACCAGCACUGCUGCCCCGCCUGAGCUCGGCCGAGAACGUCCUGAAGCGCAUGACCAUCAUCGGGGAGAUCCUGAGCUUCCGCGCCAUGGCCCAGCAGGGCCUCAGGGAGGUGUUCUCCCAGCACUGCCCCUUCCUGAUGGGCCCCAUCGAGAGCCUGGCGGACGUGGUGACCCCCGACACCGACAUCCAGGUCACCCUGAGCAUCUUCGAGCUGGCCUCGGCCGCGGGGGUCCCGUGCGAGGUGGACCCAGCGCUGGUCACUGCCCUGGCCGGCCCCAGGACAGAGGGCUCGUCCCCCGAGGAGGAUUACAAGGUGUCCUGCCUGCUCCUGGUGUUCGUGGCCGUGUCGCUGCCCCUGCUGGCCGCUGACCCCGCGUCCCUCUACAACCCCGAGCUGGACGGCCACAACAACAACCUGCACUGCCUGGCCAAGGCCAUCGUGCAGCUCUCGGCCGCGCUCUUCACCGUGCACGGCAAGAACAUCGAGACGCACCUCAAGGAGUUCCUGCUGCUGGCCUCCAGCAGUCUCCUGCAGCUGGCCCAGGAGCCGGACAAGGCGCGGGCGCGGAACCAGGACUCGAUCGUGCUGCUGCUGCACCUGAUCGUGGCCGAGUCGUCCUUCCUGACGCUGGACAUGCUGGAGAGCUGCUUCCCCUACGUGCUGCUGCGCAACGCCUUCCGCCAGGUGUGCCGGGAGCCGCCCGGCCGCGCCCCCCCGCACUGACCCCCGCGACCCCCGGGACCCCCGAGACCCCCCCGGCACUGACCGGGACCCCCGGGACCCCCCCGACCCCGCCAGGUGUGCCGGGAGCCC